AAGGAACCAAAGCACAAACAGUCAGAGUGAGGCUGUGGUCCCACUGCAGGUGGCCCAAGGACAAGGGAAGUUUGCCUUCUUUGGGGGGUGCAACUGCGAUGUAGGCUACGCCAGAGCCCUUUUGGAGUCAGUGACCUCAGGGCCGCAGAAUGGCAGCCGUACGGGGGGCAAGGGUGGCGGAGGACCCCCACCUGGGCACGGGUCCGGACGAGGACGCCUUGGAGGCGUCCAUCUCUGGGAGAGAAUCGGACUCAGACAGCGUGUUCUCGGAAGAUUCGGUGCUCCCGCACUACGAGCAGGAGGAGCGGCGGGACAGCAGGCCCGCCAGCACGCUCUACGAGGCCUGCGCCUGGAACCAGGUGCACAGCCUCCAUGCCAUCCUGGAGAGGGGCGUCACUCAGGAGGAGGUCAUGGAGCUGGACGCCAACGGCUGGAACGGCCUAAUGGUGGCUGUUUCCAAAGGUUUUGUGGACAUCGUCAUAGGCCUCCACCACUGUCCCUUCCUGGAUAUUAACCACCAGGACAAUGAUGGCAACACUGCGCUUAUGAUGGCUGCCCAGGCAGGUUACAUCAUCACUUUGAACUACAUCCUGAACUACUACGCCGGAGCGGACACUGAGGUCAGGGAUUCCCGCGGCUUCACAGCGCUCAUCAAGGCCGCCAUGCAGGGCCGUAACGAAUGCGUGGCUGCGCUGGUCAUGGCGGGUGCAGACCUGAGCGCCGUGGACACGGCCCGGGGGAAGUGCGCCCGGGACUGGGCGCUGAAGACGGGGCGCUACGACACGCUGUACCGCCUGCGCCGGCUGAAGCUCCGCCCCCGGGCCGAGCAGUUCGGCGACGCCUACGCCCCCGAGUGGCCAGAGCUGCAGGAGCUGGUGGCCAAAGCGGCGGCGGCCAAGACGCGGGGCGAGCGCAUCACCCAGCGCCUCAAGUCCACCUUCGCCAUCAGCCUCCCCCACGACCCGCGGGACGGGGGCGUGCUGGACCACAUGGUGCGCAUGACCACCGGCCUCCGCAGCCCGCUGGUCUGCACCGGCUGCCGCCCCCUCCGCCCCACCAGCCCCCCCUCCGCCGGCAAGCGGCGCCUGGCGGUCCCCGAGCUGGCCCGCCAGCACCCGGGGAGGGACCUGACGGACGGGCCGCUACGGCACAGCGUCUCGGCCUCGGCCUCGGUGGGCUCCGGGGCGUCGGACACGGUGGCGUGCUGUGUGGAGACGGAGCGGCGGGGGAGCGUGCUGUCGCUGGCCUCCAACGGCGCGCGCAACUUCCUCCCCCGCAGCAGGGCGCGCCGGAACAGCGUCUUCCCCACCGGCUGCAUCCCGCAGAUCCGCGUGACCCGCUCCGGCGAGCCCACGCCCAAGAAGGAGAAGAAGAAGCACCUGUCCAGGCACCAUCUGGAGCCACCCAAGUGGAGGUACAAGGAGAUCAAGCAGGAGAAGAAGAAGAAGAAGGCUGAAAUGGAGAAGGAAGAGGAGGAGAAGAAGAAAAAGAAGAAGAGCAGGAAGUGAUGCGCCAACCAUCUACACAAUGUGGUAUACGGCCAUGGUCCAGAAGGGCCAGAGACAGUUCUGGUUUUUGUUUGACUGCAGUUUGAUUGAUUAUUAUGGAUCUGGGCAUGGACAGCAUGUUGUUGCUCUCCAGUGCAUGGUGGGUUGGCGAAUAUUCCUGUGAGAUUCAAAUUUGGUUAUCCGAUUACAUCAUAAUUUCAAUGUUCUCCAAUCUUCCAAGGUAACAUUCCAAACAUGGCCUGUCAAUGACAGAAUAUAUUCCAGGCAUGGUAGAUACAAAGGAACUGGUUUUCAUUUUGGCAAGAAAAACCUGCUAUAUAUCAGUACAAAAUGUUCUGAAUGCACUGAAAUUCCAGAAAUAAGCAGUAAGCAUUACAACCAAUCUUGUAAUGUUCUUUAUUAUUCUCUCAAUAUAACAGUUGCAGUGCUUUUCGCAGGAUCCACUGACUGCAAUCUUCCACAGGUGCAAACUUGGACUUUCUCUGCUUGAGGUGCAAGUCUCAAUUGCCUUGGACAAAAUGGGCCCAUAUUUUCUCCAAUAGAAUCAGCAAGAUUCAAGUUUGAAUGUUGUCAGUUGAAACUGGUUUCAGCCUUUAGUUGGAUUUAUUAGAGUGCCUUAGACACUAGAAACUACAAAUGUCUGUAUGCCACAAAAAAAAUCUGUACAUUCUUAUUUCCAGACAACAUCUGCUUGUCUUCCUAAAAAAACAAGCUGUGUUUCCUAUAACUGAAUUCCAGGUGUUAAAGCAAACAGACUCAGUGAGACAGAAAGCUCUGAGUCACUAUCUAAAAAGCUAUGGUGGACCUUUCCCAUCUUGGU